AUGGAUAAAGAAUGUGGAAGGGGGCAGAUUGGAUGUGGCAGAUUAGACCACAAACUCCAAGCUUUAAAAGCACAGUUUAAACAACUAGACUUCACCAAGGAUAAUCUGACACAAAAAUUUGAACAUCAUAGCAAGAUGUUGGCAAGCAAAGCAGCCCAAGAUGAGCUGUGGACAGCAGUUUUGGCACUCAAGUUCACUUCAAUGGAAUUGAAUAUUAUAUAUAGCUAUGUCAUUGAAGUACUCAUCUGCUUGCACACUCGUGUACUUGAGAAGCUGCCAGACCUGGUAAGAGGUCUUCCCACCUUAGCCUCUGUCCUUAGACGAAAAGCCAAGAACAAGUGCAUUAGAGUUGUGUGGGAGUCUGUGCUGGAGGAGUGUGGGCUGCAAGAAGGAGAUAUCUUAGCACUUUGUACCUUCUUUAUUGCACACGGUAACAAGGCAGAACACUACAGUGCCAAAGUGAGACGGGUGUACAUUAGGGAUGUCACUUUCAUGGUCACAAACAUGGUAAAGAACCAGGCUCUGCAGGAUAGUUUGCUGAGAGCUGUUCAGCUCAUUGAGAAGGGGAGAGUGGCAGCCUCUGAAGAACAAAAGUCAUCCCUAAAAGAGUUGAUACCAACAGUCAAAAACUAACCUGUUACCUUAUGACCUAGCUAUUCUACUUUCAGUAAUCAAUCUUGCAAAUAGGGAAGAAUAUGUAUAUACAAUUUUGUUAUGGACUUAUUUUUAUAGCAAAAGUUGGGGGACUAUUAGAGAAAUUAUGAUAAAUUGAUACCAUGGGUACUUUCUGUGUAGCCAUGUGAAAAUGAAGAAUCUCUGUGUUAUUAUAUAAUGAAUGAUAUGGGGUUAUCACAAAGAUGUGCU